UUGCAUAACGUAAACAUUGCAGAUGAUAACUGAUGAAUGAACGAUGAGUUCUGUAUGGUUUUCAUUCGGUAGGGAAUCUCAAGAGAUUUUGAAUCAAUAUUCAAAUGGGAAUUGCGAAGCAGACGAAUGCUUUUGCAUGAUCUUGUCACUUGAAGGCUACGACAAAACAAGAAACCAUUUCAUAAACUUUAUAGAGAACCUUAAAGUUGCAAAGCCAAUUUUACAUAACUGUCUGGUUGGUGUCUUCAAGAACUACUUCUCUGAAACAGAAGCUUUACAUUCAAAAUCAAACGAAGCUGUAGGUUGUAGUGUUGAAAAUGGGUUUCUUACAAGUGACUUUGGCUUUGAACUUGACAUGGAGCUAGCUAAGUCUUUGUCUCUGUCAGACUGUAAUCCUAAAAAGACCAUUACGCCAUUACUGAAUGAAUCCAGCAAUGAACCUGCGGGUUCAGCUUUGCAUAAAAGAUUUAACAAACGACAAAACAUUCAACCAGUACCACAUUCCUUAAAUGGAAACAAUGCAAACAAUGAGGGACAUCUGAAAGCUAGCAUUCCUGGACUUCAGGUUUCAGAUUUUCCAAAUUCAAAACAUAAAAAGAAAAAGAAGAAAGGAAACUCACUACCAAGACAAAUAAGUAAUCCUCCUGUUAUUUAUUGGUUAAGGAGAGACUUGCGGAUGUAUGAUAAUCCUGCUUUAGUAGCUGCUGCCUCAUCCAAUGCAGCAGUGUUAUUAGUUUUUAUAUGGUCUGAUCAUGAAGAAGAUCCAUUGGAUGUUGUAGCUACAGGCGGAGCCACAAAAUUAUGGCUCCAUUACGCUCUCCAGUUUCUUAACCAGUCCUUUCUUGAGAAGUUUGGCAAUGGGAUAUUGUAUUAUAAUACAAAGACUGAAAACAGUUACAAUAUUAUGAAGCAAAUUAUUCUACAAACUGGUGCAAAUACUUUGUUUCUGAAUGAUGUUUAUGAACCCUUUUUGAAAGAAAGAGAUGAUGCAUUAUGUAACAAAUUAUCCAAGUCCGGAAUACAGUGCAAUAGGUUUCAUUCUUAUUUGCUGCAUGAACCAUCAUCUAUAAACACAGAAUCUCUAGGGAUGAGGGGCAUAGGUUCAGUUACUCAUUUCAUGGAAUGCUCUCGUCAGUCUUCAGUUGAACCAAUUGGUCUGCCAAUAGAAAGUCCAGGAAUAUUACCAAAAUGUAUGUGUAUACCAAACUCUCAGACACUUGAUGAUCUUGAAUUAGCAAAAAUGCCAAGAAGAAAAAAUGGUAGCAUGAUUGAUUGGGCUGCACCUAUUGUUAAGUCCUGGAAUUUUAGUGAAGAUGGUGGUUGGGAUGCUCUUGGAUCUUUUCUUACUGAAGGUAUUAAAAAGUAUGAAAAAGAAUCUUGUCGAGCUGAUCAUGUAAACACUUGUCGUAUAUCUCCAUAUCUACAUUUUGGACAAAUCAGUCCAAGGGCCAUACUUACAGAGGCCAAACACAUGAAAUCACCAAAGUUCCUAAGGAAGCUGGCAUGGAGAGAUCUAUCAUACUGGUUGUUGUCUUUGUGGCCUGAUCUACCUAGCCAACCUACAAGACCUCAGUAUAGGCAUCAGAGGUGGAGCAAGAACAAAGCACACUUGAAAGCAUGGCAGAGAGGGAACACAGGAUUCCCUCUAGUGGAUGCUGCUAUGAGACAGUUAUGGUUGACUGGAUGGAUGAACAACUAUAUGAGACAUGUUGUAGCUUCUUUCCUCAUCUCUUAUCUCCAUCUUCAUUGGAUCGAGGGGUACAGAUGGUUUCAGGACACACUUCUAGAUGCAGAUGUAGCUAUUAAUGCUAUGAUGUGGCAGAAUGGUGGCAUGAGCGGCCUUGAUCAGUGGAAUUUUGUCAUGCACCCUAUAGAUGCUGCCAUGACAUGUGACCCAGAUGGAACAUAUGUACGUCAGUGGUGUCCGGAAAUAGCCAGUGUACCAAACGAAUUUAUACAUCGUCCAUGGAAAUGUCCGCCAUCCAUCAUGAAGAGAUGUAAAGUAGAACUUGGCAUUCAGUAUCCUAACCGUAUCAUAACCAAUUUAGAAGUUGCCAGAGAACAGUCAUUACAGGAUGUAGUAGAAGUCCGUAAGAAGUUUCCAGAUUUCGUUGAUCGUCGCUCUGGAAAUGACCUUGUUCCUGUAGACAAUGGAAGACUACUUAUACCUGUUAUUACAAGAAUGGAAUUUAAAUAUAAGACAACUAAUCCAGAGGCUAAGGAUAAUCCACACACUGCUGUUUUACGUGGUUAUCGAAGCAGAAAAAGGGAUGAAGCUAUAGCAUUUGCUAAUGAGAGAGACUUUCUUGCCAGUACAAUGAAUGAAUGUGUUCAGAGACAAGAGAGACAUGAGAAAGCUUUAAAACAAGGAAAUUUUUAAUGACGUGCAAUACCUCUUUAUACUUUUGAGUGAUGUCAUGAGAAAAGCUUUGUUUUUAACCUAUACUCAUAAAGCAUAUUUGCACAAUUAUUAAUCCGUUAACCCCCCAAAAAAAUUGUACUAGUAGUUAUGAAAAAUAUAGAAAAAAAAUCUGAAAAUGCACCAUUUACAGAAAUAAUAGCCACACAUUGUACAUGUAGUUGAUAUUUUGAAAAAUAAAAAUUAAAUGGUAGAUAUCUGUAAAGAAUCGUCCUUCAUUAUAAAUAUGUUUUUCAUUGAAUAAUAAAUAUAUUUUAGCACAACUUUUAGUACUGAUUACUGAAUCAUCGAAAAAGGUUAUGUAAAAUGUUCAUAGAUUGUAUACAAAGCCUCGUUCAUCUAAUAUUAAUGCAAGGUUUUAAUUAUACUUGUACAUUUUAGUUUACUCAAAAAUGACAGUUAUCAAGAAAAAAUAAAAGCUGUAAUUUGGGAUUUUUAUUGCAAUAAUGUUUUGGAUUUAAAAGAAAUCUAUAUUGUUUUUACAAUCUUGAAUAACCAAAAUCUAUCUUCACCUUUAAACCUGGUUCAAUGAGUCUUUCAGUAUGGUCUUAGGUUACACUUAUCAUUGAAAACCAAAUGCUGGGUGUAAGUCUGUGUUAGUGGUUUGUUUAAUUUCAAAUUUUUAAUAUCUACCUCAUAUAUUUUCAUUAUGAAAUGAAAAUUAAAAAAAAUAUAUGCAGUACAAAACGAAGAGUUAAAUCCUGUAUUUAUAUAUUUUUGUUAUUCUAUAAUAUUUAUUUUAAAUUAAAGCUUCAGAACUGAAA